AUGAUGCUCAGGACCACGACUCAGCGCGGGCUGCUCUACUCGGCUCCCCUUCGAUCCACUCCAUUGCGUUCAGCUUCGACACUUGCCUCGCGCGGCAACCUUCCGAGGUCUCAGACCAAGAUCGCGGCAACGAGGCCCGGCACUCUGCACCUCUCACCCCUCACACUGCGCUCGUUCAGCACUUCUAAGAGAUGGGAGUACCCGACGACCAAGUACACAGCUUCUCCGCUGACGGACGGCGAAUAUCACAAGCUUUCGAAUACCGUGAUCGAUUCGCUCACCGAGACGUUUGAAACGCUUCUUGAGGAGGUAGACGUGGAAGCACUUGACGAGGAGGCCAGGUCCAAGAACCAAGGAGCAACCCGCGGAUCACCCGCUUCCGAAUGGGAUAUCGAAUGCGCUUCGGGUGUGAUGAAUCUGAGAUGUGGCGUCCACGGCACUUGGGUUAUCAACAAGCAGCCUCCCAAUAAGCAGAUUUGGCUUUCGAGCCCUAAGAGUGGACCGAAGCGAUUCGACUACGACGCAGACAGCAAGACGUGGUUCUGUCUCAAGGAGGGUGAGACGUCGACGCUUCACGAGCUGCUGGAAGAGGAGCUUUCGGAGGUGUUCGAUACGCAGGUUGAAUUGGCCUUCGACGAAGACGACUGA